AAUUAAGCCACAAAAGUUAAGCAAACUCCUCCCCGCCACAAAAGGAGAGAAGUCCAUAGAUAAGAUCGCAUUGUGUGGUCAAAGAACGCCACCACGGAAACGCCUCGCCACUGCGCGUCGGUCUCCUCCCUCUGGUAGCCGUUGUCAUACACUAAUGGCGUUGCGUGUUCAAGUUGAUAGGGCGGGGUUAAAUCCUGUAAUGUUGAAUUCGUCUCGCUUGACUACCAAUAAGUUUGUAGCCUGCGGCGUCGUGGGGGGUCAUGGAUGCUCGCCCAUUCCCUCUAAAUGUGGAGGACGACUGAGCUUGAAGGUGAAUGCGAACUCGGAAUCUACCUCUGCUUCUACUUCUGCGCUGGGUAAGGUGACCGAGGUAAACAAAGAUACCUUUUGGCCUAUUGUUGAAGCAGCCGGUGAUAAGCCCGUCGUCGUCGAUAUGUAUACUCAGUGGUGUGGUCCUUGCAAAAUUAUGGCUCCCAAAUUUGAAGAAAUGUCUGUAAAGUAUCUUGAUGUUGUCUUUCUAAAGUUGGACUGCAACCAGGAUAACAAGCCAUUGGCCAAGGAGCUAGGCAUAAGGGUGGUUCCUACAUUCAAGAUUCUUAAGGGUGGCAAGAUUGUCCAAGAAGUAACCGGAGCCAAAUUAGAUGAUUUAGUUGUGGCUAUUGAGAAUGCAAGGUCAGGCUAGAAUUCUUCCAUUUGUUUGCAUUGCACAAUCUUGUGCAUAAUAAUGCAAUCUAGUGGCAUGGAUAUAAUGUAAUGAUAGUAACUGUACUGUUUUUCUGGUUUAUGUGUAUAUAGUGUAAUAUAAUAAAUGAAUCCAUAAGGAAACUUCACCUAUGGUCCUCACUCCUCAUAAACUUGAUGAAGAUGGUGGCAUGGUUUAGUUAUAUAAAUGCAGAUCCUUCUUUUAAAAGGACAAUUUAUUAAUGCCUUAUAUAUUUAUUUGAGAAUAGAUGACAAAUGAGAGUCUUUCAUUUAUUUA